AUGCCGAAUCCUUCCCCAUGGAAAAAGACCCGCGGCCAAGACGCCGGCCAAACAGUCCAGCAACCCUCCGGCUACUUCCUCAUGGAACUCGUCAAACCCCUCGACCGCCUCCUCAACGCCGGCUACGAAGUAACUUUCGCCUCCCCAGAAGGUAAAGAACCCAAGCCAGACCCCAACUCCAAGUCCCUCCUCGCCUUCGCCGGCAACUUCUACGAGCGUCAGCGUGAGAACGAAGUCGUCGAACGCAUGAAGAAGGAGAAUGGGUUCUCCCGGCCCAAGAAGUUUAGUGAGAUUACCGACGAGGGACUCGAUAGCUUCUCUGGAAUCCUUUUACCGGGCGGCCACGCACCACUGAAAGACCUCGGCGACAACCCAGCACUUGGCAAGAUCCUCUGGCACUUCCAUGAGCGGCAGAAGCCCACUGCUGCGAUCUGUCAUGGACCGUAUGCUUUCUUAUCGACUUCGAGGGCGGGAAGUGGAGGUUUUGCGUACAAGGGGGAUAAGCUUACGAGCUGGUCGGAUCAAGAGGAGAAGGUCAUGGAGACGGCAUUUGGCGGGAACAUUCCCAAGGUGGAGAGCCAGCUGAGGGAAGCUGGUGCUGAGAUGAUUGAAGGACUUGGGGAGAAGGUUGGCAGCAUUACGGUGGAUCGGGAGGUGGUCAGUGGUGGGAACCCGAUGGCUGCGGCGGCGCUAGGUGAUAAGUUCGUGGAGAUGUUGGGGCGGCAGGAGGUUAAGGCAUAUUAG